AUGAGAAAAAUGAAUAAUUCCGGUAGGUGUCUGCUUGUCAUAUUGGUUAUGAUCGGCGCACUAAAGAUGUUCAAUUUUUGUGGUGCUGAUCUUACUGAUGGCUUCACCCCUGUGCCAUUAACAGAGUCAAAUUUUGAGCUACAGAAGCCAUAUGACAUACCCCUAGACCAAUGCUACAGUUUUGUUAAUGGGGUUCACUAUUUAUGGGUCUAUGCUGAUGACAAGCCACACGACCCCAGUAGUCAUACCCAGCCACGUACUGAAAUUCGAAUAAAGGGGCUUGACUAUUCAAGUGGAGUCUGGCAAUUUGAAGGCUAUGGCUUUGUUCCAAAUGGAACAUCUGGUGCUACAGUAGCACAGAUUCAUGGUACAGCUCAUGGUGCCACCACUUUGAUACUAAGAAUCUAUGAUGGGGACAUGAGGUAUUACAGUAGAGAUCUGGUGGCUACUGAUCUCUAUGAUAAGUGGUUCAGACUUAAUAUAAUUCAUAAUGUUGAUAUGGGGAUGGUAACUGUUUUCAUUGAUGGUGUCCAAAAUUUUCAAGUAAAAGAUGAAGGACCAGGAGACUUGUACUUCAAAUGUGGUGUUUAUGCUGCACCGACUAAUAUCAGCUACUACAUGGAAUCAAGGUGGAGAGACAUCAAAAUAUAUAAACAUUAA